GAUUCACAACAUACUGCCAUGAAUCCUGAAUGGCAGUCUUCCGAGGUUGACAAGAAUGAAAACCUUCCGAGACUGGCAAAAAGUAAUAAUUAUGAAGGAAAAUCCGAUUUUGAACGAUACGUUGUUCAAAAAUUCCUACAUCUGGAUAUUAAAAUAAGUAAUAUCGCAAAACAGCAAAACUGGAUUUUGAACAAGCUGUCUCAUGCGGUAUCAUUACAGCUAGAAGAAGAGCAGGAUGAGAAAAUAGAUGUUUUUCAAGACUUACCUUUAAAAAACAGAGAUCAAUUACAAACUAUGGAAAAUAAACUGAAUAACGAACGUUAUCGGAACAAAAUGAUAAGUAUAAGUAUUUCAAUAUUAAAUUUUUUUUUAUAAAGAGGACAAGAUAGACGGUUGGUAUGUUUAAGAAUUGGAGAUCUGAAAUUGACACAAUAAUGGCGGAUGCCUAAGUGACGUCUUUAAAGAAUAAUUAGUUCAGCUUUUUAUUGCUCAUAUUUAGAACAUAAGUAUUAAUAAAAGUGCUAACAGAUUUGAGAAUUUCCUUCAUGCCUCGAUACAUUCUUAAUGUUAUGCCAACGUUUUAUGAACUAUGCUGUUCAUUUUAUCAGGGCGAAGA